GAGAGCUCAUUCUAGGAUCUCCUUCUCGAUUCCACACUCACCGCCCACCCCCUCUUCUUCUUCGCCGCUCUCUUUAUUUAUCCUCGUUUACCUCUGGUGUUUUCAGUGUAGUGCAAUGGCUGUUAAUCUGAACGACGAUUUGGAAUUCGUUGAUGAUGACUACUUCGACAUGUUCGAGUUUGAGGAUGAAGGGUUUGAGGUGAACCGACUGCGAAGGGAAGGCAACAGUGCCGGCCCGGAUGAUGUCGAGGAUGCAAGCAAGCAAAAGAGUGAUACUUCGGCGCUGGAGUAUAGAAAGGGGAAGGACAUGCAGGGGAUUCCCUGGGAGAGGUUGAAUUAUACGAGGGACAAGUACCGUGAGAUGAGGUUGAAGCAGUACAAGAACUUCCAAAACCUCUCGAGACCCCACCAUGGACUGGAGAAGGAGUGCAAGCAAGUGAAGAGCGGAAGCAGGUUCUAUGAUUUUCAGUCCAAUACAAGGCUUGUCAAGUCGACAAUUGUGCAUUUUCAGCUGAGGAAUCUACUGUGGGCAACCUCAAAGCAUGAUGUGUACACAGUGCAGAAUUAUUCAGUCAUGCACUGGUCAUCGCUGCUCCAAAGAGGCCAAGAAGUGCUAAAUGUUGCGGGACAAAUUGCCCCAACUCAGUUGGCUAUUACGCAGAAGUAUCAUGGAUCUUCUCCCCGACCAUUAUCAAGGGUGCAGAUCAGCACUAUGGCUGUGAAGGAUAACUUAAUGGUGGCUGGUGGCUUCCAGGGUGAAGUCAUAUGCAAGUAUCUAAAUCAAUCUGGAGUGGCCUUCUGUACAAAUUUAACUGACAGCGACAAUGCCAUCACCAAUGCAGUUGAUAUAUAUCAGCCUUCAAAUGGCUCCACUCGAGUGAUGACUGCUAACAACGAUAGCUAUGUAAGGGUCUUUGAUGUAGAGAGAUUCGUUCUGCUAAACCGAUUUCCUCACUCCUGGUCCGUCAAUAAUACUUCAGUUAGUCCAGAUGGCAAGCUUCUUGCUGUCCUUGGUGACAGUACAGAGUGUCUGGUAGCAGAUCCUCAGACCGGGAAGGCAAUUGGGAGCCUUAAGGGUCAUUUUGAUUACUCCUUUGCAUCGGCGUGGCACCCUGAUGGCCGCAUCCUAGCGACUGGAAACCAAGACAAAACAUGCCGAUUGUGGGACAUCAGAAACCCCUCGCAGUCUGUGGCUGUGCUCAAAGGUCGAAUGGGAGCUAUAAGGGGACUUAAAUUUUCGUCUGAUGGUCGGUUUAUGGCAAUGGCUGAGCCAGCCGAUUUUGUUCACAUUUGUGAUGCUACAUCUGAUUACUACUGCACGCAAGAGAUCGAUCUCUUUGGGGAGAUUGCUGGUAUCUCUUUCAGCCUGGAUAGUGAAGCGCUUUUCGUCGGAGUAGCCGACCGUACCUAUGGGAGUCUAUUGGAGUUCAACCGGAGAAACCAAUUCCAUUUCCUGGACUCUUUCUUCUGAUGGUAGCAACUAAGUUGGUGAUGGACUUGAAGUAGGUGUUUGUUGUGUAGUUUUCCGUUCUCGGGAAUAUUGUAAAUUGAGGAGUGGCAUUCAUGCUGCUUCUGUACAGGAAGCGAGUGAGCGUCGAAAAGAACCUUUUUGUUACUUGUGCAGGGUUUGUUUGGGAACUCCCUCUAUUUAUUUUUCUGGUUUUUCAUCUAAA